AUGAGCACACAGUGUCACUGCCAAGGGCCUCUUUGCAGUGUCGGAAUCGGCACUGGGAACCCUAAAAGCAAAAGGCUGAAGAACUUUGAGCUUUACUUCGAGAUUUUGAAAGCAUAUUCCACAAAAGCCAAGAAUUAUGUAAACGGGUAUUGCACCAAAUAUGAGCCCUGGCAGCUAAUUGCAUGGAGUGUCCUGUGGACCCUGUUGAUAGUUUGGGCAUAUAGGUUUAUCUUCCAGCUGGAGACCUUAUGGUCAAGGUUUAAAAAGAAACUUUUUAGGCUCGUGAGGAAGAUGCCGUUUCUUGGUAACAAGAUUCAGAAAGAGUUGGACAAGAUCACGGAAGACCUUGGGAAGCACUUGCAGUACCUGAAAGUGGAUAAAGACUAUGUGAAAGCCCUGCCUGCCCAGGAUCUGAGCACAACAGCAGUCCUGGAGAGACUCAAGGAGUACAGCUCCAUGGAUGGUAUCUGGCAAGAAGGGAAGGCCUCAGGAGCUGUGUACAGGGAGGAGAAGCUCAUGGAGCUGCUUGUGCAGGCGUAUGGAAAUUUUGCAUGGAGUAACCCACUGCAUCCGGAUAUUUUCCCGGGACUAAGCAAAUUAGAGGCAGAAAUUGUGAGGAUGGCGUGUUCCUUGUUCAAUGGGGGACCAGAUUCUUGUGGAUGUGUGACCUCCGGGGGGACAGAAAGCAUCCUGAUGGCCUGCAAAGCUUAUCGGGACCUGGCCUUAGAGAAGGGGAUCAAAACUCCCGAAAUAGUGGUUCCCGUAAGUGCCCAUGCUGCAUUUGACAAAGCAGCCAGUUAUUUUGGGAUGAAGAUGGUGCGGGUCCCACCGAAUAAGAUGAUGGAGGUGAAUGUGUGGGCAAUGAGAAGAGCCAUCUCCAAGAACACUGCUAUGCUCGUCUGCUCUGCGCCACAGUUUCCUCAUGGUGUGACAGAUCCUAUCCCAGAAGUGGCCAAGGUGAUGAGAGAAUUGGCCCACCCUGGCAGUCAGAAUGAGAUUUUAAAAUAGAAUCUAAUAAUGCAGUACCUGGCAA